GCAUAUAUAUGGGAUAAGGAAAUAUUUUGUUUGCUAUAGGCUCACAUACUGUUUUAAAUCCCUUGAAUUAUCUAUCUAUCUAUCUAUCUAUCUAUCUAUCUAUCUAUCUAUCUAUCUAUCUAUCUAUCUAUCUAUCUAUCUGUCUGUCUGUCUGUCUGUCUGUCUGUCUGUCUGUCUGUCUGUCUGUCUGUCACUGUUGACAUGUGGUGUUUCUGGGCUGAACUGUAGGACAGGUAAUACAGGUGACGCGGUGUCAGGUUUCACUGUUGUUGGUGGCAGGUUUGGAGCCGAUCCGGACACAUAGAAAACACUCAUCUGCAUCAUAAACACCAGUUAUUAAGCAGUAAAGCCCCAGCAAACCUGUUCCGUGCAGUCAUGGCACCGAAAUAUGACGGUCUGUCCCACUGUAAGCUGGCCCUGGUGUUCGCGGUGCUCAUGGACCUGCUGGGGGUCAUUUCUCUGCUCUUGGGGGUCUUCGCCCCGCUGGAAAUUCAAGGCCAAGACUUUGGAGAUCUGCUGGUGUACACGGGAGCUCUGCUGGUGCUGUGUUCUCUGGCAGGAUGGGUUGUUUGGUACAGUGGCAACAUCGAAGGUCUUACCUCCCAAAAGGAGCUAGGGGGUGCUAUGGUGGGAGCCGUGGAUCGACUCGCCCGCUCCGUGAGCCGCAGGAUACGGAUGCCCAGGACCCGCAGCAGCCCAACAUAAUAACUACAGCAGCCCAAAGAGACCAGUGACUGACACUAACAAGACCAGGAGUGCCACUGCUAAUAAUCAUGUAUAUGCAAAUUUCUCUUGUGCAGCUAGAGAGUUUACAUCGAUAAUUUGCAUGGACUACAAUAAGUUGUAUUGUAAAAGGGUGUAUUAUUCAGUACAUGGAGAUGAAAAGAAUUAAUAUGCAUCAUUAUUUUGUGUUUCCUUUGGUUUUGUAAAAAUGUAAAAAAACAAACAAACAAAAAAAGCCACAAAAUUAACAUUUAAGACAUUUUAAUGACAAUAAUGAUUGCAUUAGGUUGACUAAGAGCCAAUACUUUACAUCUUCUUUGCAAGAAGAGUGACAGGAUGGGGAUUGUUUGUUUAUCAACAUGUGCCCAAAAUUAGAAUUUCAUAUUAAAUAUAAAUACUGCAUAGAACA